UCAGUAGCAAGAAAAUACCUAUCUGCAGUCCGCACAUGGCAUAUAGCACAAGGAUGGCAACCCUCGCUAACGCCAGAUCAUUUCACGUGCAUAAACUGGUCACUCCGAGGAAUGGAAAACCUACAGGGGACAUGCCACAAACCAGUCAGGCCCCCAAUUACCAUCCGCAUGGUAUUGGCCAUCAAAGCCACUCUACAGAUAGACCAGCCAUUCGAUGCGUGCAUCUGGGCGAUGUUGAGCUGCGCAUUCUUUGGAAUGAUGCGGUUCAGUGAAGUCGCUGUCAAGUCACGCACCAGUUUCGACAAAUUGAAACAUAUCACGCAAAAGGAUGUUCAUUUCGGUGUCGACCUAGCCAGAAAACCAUACGCCAGACUUGACCUACCACAAGCCAAGACGGCAAAGUCAGGAGAAACUCAAUCAGUAUUCAUAGUGGAGCAAGGAGAACUC